CUCCAAGGCAGGAGCCGAUGAACAAGUGACCGCAGACUUCUUGAGGAAUGUGCACGCCUGUGCCUUGGGGGUUGGAUUCUCUUCCUGAGUCCCAGGAGAAGCUGAAGGAGCUCCCAGUCAUGGAAGACCCUGGGGAGACAGGAGCACACCCUUUGGGAGCUGCCAACCUGAACUUUGUUCCUGGACACCAACAGAAAGAAAAGCCAUCUCCAGACCCUCUGUAUGACACGCCUGAAGCCGGCGGGGCACCGGCAGGUGGGUCCCAACCACCAGCACGCACUGUGAGCCUGCGGGAACGGCUGCUGAUCACCCGGCCGGUGUGGUUACAGCUGCGGGCGAACGCGGCAGCCGCACUGCACGUGCUGAGGACAGAGCCUCCAGGGACCUUCCUGGUACGGAAAUCUAACACUCACCAGUGUCGGGCUCUGUGUGUGCGGCUGCCAGAAGCCAGUGGCCCCUCCUUUGUCUCCAGCCACUAUAUCCAAGAGAGCCCUGGCGGCAUCUCUUUGGAGGGUUCAGAGCUCAUAUUCCAGGACCUGGUUCAGCUCAUAUGUGCAUAUUGCCAUACCAGGGACAUUCUUCUCCUCCCACUCCGGCUCCCCAGAGCCAUUCAUCAGGCAGCCACCCACAAGGAGCUAGAGGCGAUCUCCCAUUUGGGCAUGGAGUUCUGGAGUUCCUCCCUUAACGCCAAGGUUCAGCAGAGGCCUAGUGAAGCCCCACCGAUACCCAAGCUGAAGGCUCGCUCCCCUCAAGAGCUGGACCAGGGCACUGGUGCAGCCCUCUGCUUCUUCAACCCCCUCUUCCCAGGGGAUCUGGGCCCCACCAAACGUGAGAAAUUCAAGAGGAGUUUUAAAGUGCGUGUGUCCACAGAGACCUCCAGCCCCCUGUCUCCACCCGCUGUACCGCCUCCCCCAGUCCCAGUGCUGCCCGGGACUUCUUCCAGCCAAACAGAAAGGCUGCCUCCUCGACAGCUGCUGCAGAGGGAGAGCUCAGUGGGGUAUCGUGUGCCAGGGACUGCUUCCGGCCCGAGUCUCCCUCCCCUACCUUCACUUCAGGAGGCGGACUGCGGCUCCCCCAGCAGCUCGGAGGAGGAGGGUUCUCCAGGAAGCUCUACAACCUCCCCGCGCCUGGGCCGCCCAAGGCAGCGGCGGCCUUUGCUUCGGUCCAUGAGUUCUGCCUUCUGCUCUCUGCUGGCACCAGAGAGGCAGGUGGGCCGGGCAGCCACAAUGCUAAUGCAAAACCGAUAUACAGCUGUGGGUCAGCUAGUGCAGGACCUACUGACCCAGGUUCGUGCUGGUCCUGAGCCCCGGGAGUUGCAGGGCAUCCGCCAGGCCCUAAGCCGGGCCCGGGCCAUGCUCAGUGCAGAGCUGGGUCCUGAGAAGCUGCUACCACCGGAGAGGCUUGAACUGGUCCUGGAGAAGUCCUUGCAUCGCUCUGUUCUCAAGCCUCUUCGACCUCUUCUAGCUGCCCGCCUGUGGCGCCGUCUUUCCUCAGAUGGUUCCCUUGGCCGCCUAGCAGAGGGCUUCCACCUGGCCCGGACCCAGGGACCUGGAGCCUUUGGGUCCCACCUGUGCCUCUCCUACCCAGUGGAGACAGAGCAGGUGCGCCAGAAACUGCUUCAGCUGCUUGGCACCUAUUCACCGAGCGCCCAGAUCAAGCGGCUCCUGCAGGCCUGCAAGCUGCUCUACACAGCCCUGCAAGCCCAGGCGGGGGAGGAUGCAGGUGCUGAUGAGUUCCUGCCUCUACUGAGCCUCGUCUUGGCUCAAUGUGACCUUCCUGACCUCCUGUUAGAAGCUGAGUACAUGUCGGAGCUACUGGAACCUACCCUGCUCACCGGAGAGGGCGGCUACUACCUGACCAGCCUCUCCGCCAGCUUGGCCUUGUUGAGUGGCCUGAGCCAGGCCCGCGCUCUCCCACUCAGCCCAGCACAGGAGCUCCAGCGCUCUCUGGCCCUCUGGGAGCAGCGCCGCCUGCCGGCCACCCACAACUUCCAGCACCUCCUCCGAGUGGCCUACCAGGACCCCAGCACAGGCUGCACCUCCAAAACCCUGGCUGUGCCCCCAGGGUCCUCAGUUGCCACCCUGAGCCAACUCUGUGCCACCAAGUUCCGAGUGACCCAUCCUGACGCAUUCGGCCUCUUCCUCUACAAGGACCAGGGCUACCACCGCCUGCCCCCUGAAGCCCUGGCCCAGGGGCUUCCUGCAACUGGCUACCUCAUCUACCGCCGAGCAGAGAGGCCUGAGACCCAGGGGGCUGCAACAGAAAAGGCAAAGACAGGCAGUGAGAGGCAAGAGGCGGGAGCGUGGGAGGAGGAGAAAGGGGGCCUGAAGAGUGAGGGAGAGUCAGAGACAACUGGUGCCCGAGGAGGCGGGCACCAGGCCAGAGGAGCUCAUGCACAACCAGAGGAGCAAAGGGUAGAGGGAAGCCAGGCUGCAGAAGAGUAGCCAGAAAGAGCCGAGAGGGUGACCUGGGCCUCCAGGAGCCUGAAUCUGCCCUUCCCAGCUGCCAAGCUUCCUUCGCCACCCACACCCAGUUCUCUGUUGUGUCUGCCACCACCUCUGUCUGAUCUUCAUGAGUCCACCUUCUAGGAAACAGGGGCUGGACACAUAGACUAGGGCAAAGUUAAGAGAGUUAGAAGACUCCAAGACCCUGUGUCCAAGGCCCCUGGCCUGUGUUCCUCCCGAGCCCACAGGGAUAAAUGUCCCUGGAAAGGGGCAAAUUCAUCUAAUGGCCAACUCCAGCAUAGGAGGAGGGUGUUCCUGGCUGCUUUUGCCUCUCCUGCUGCCCAUGGGCACAGGGUGUGUUGCUGGAGUUUCCAGACCCUGAACAAUCCUGGUCUCUCCUGGUUCCAAGAGCCAGGGCGGUGGUAGAAUAAUAGCCAAGGUCCCCAAGGGCUCUUCCUGGUUUGCGAAGAGGGGCGUGAGCACCCCAAGGGCUCUUCCUGGUCUGCAAAGAGGGGCGUGAGCACCCCAAGGGCUCUUCCUGGUCUGCGAAGAGGAGCAUGAGCACUGUUUUGCAGGGCUUCUGGUGAUCCAGGCCCCACGUGGAUAGUUGGCAACAAAGACUGGGCAGGGGAAAGGGAGGAAAGGACAGGUGUUAGCGGCCACAUCAUUCCUUAGGGUCCUGGCCACACCAGGCAGGCCUCAUCUGUGUCUUCUUCCUCAGUCAGUCCAGAGACUGCCCUGGAGGUCAGGUCACAAGAGAGAAAGCACCUAUGUUCCGGCCGUUUUUCAAGAUCAGAAGUCUAGUGAGGCACUUCAGUAUUUCUGGGAAACUGGACCCUGAGAAGUAAUUCCCACUAGCAGGAAGAGAAGUUUCCAGAAGAGAGGUGUUCCGCAAACAUUGUCUUUGUACUCCUCUUUUGGGGCUCUUGCAAAUGCCGGAUCAUAAGGCACAGCAUAUAGCUUGCAGGCCCUACUGCAGGUAAUUCCCAAAAUGUCUUAACAAACUAUCCCCUCAAGGCCAGGGCUGCCAGAGGGAAGCCGCUGCAAAUCUGAGCAGAGGAAAAUCUCCACCAAUAGCCACAAGAGGGCAUGCACAGCCUAAGACGCUACAGAGGGUGACAACUCUCCCCACACCCACACCCACACCCACACCCCGGGUGUGUGUGUGUAUGUGGGGAUAAAGAGAAUUUAAGAGCCAUACAGUGUAGGCUGUCACUGGCCUUACACCCUUACAGUUAUUGACAGCCUGGGAAAUGCAGGGUGGAGCCCACUUGCAGUCAGAGAUUUUUUUUUCGAGACAGGGUUUCUCUAUUGUUUCGGAGGCUGUCCUGGAACUCACUUUGUAGACCAGGCUGGCCUCGAACUCACAAAGAUCUGCCUGCCUCUGCCUCCUGAGUGCUGGGAUUAAAGGCGUGCGCCACCAUAGUCAGAGGUUAUUAGGAAGAAUUGCUUCCAGUCUCAGGCGCUCUCCUGACACCAGCACGAGGACACCAGCUCACAUGUCACAUUACAACAAAGAGGCAGAGGCGUGGACCCUGACUUUCCAAUCCACAUUUAGCCAGUGUAGGGCUCCAAAGUAGUCACUAGGCCACGAGUGUCCUUCCUUCCCCACUUUCAUGCCUCCCUAGUAGGGGAGAGUGUGGGAGAAGGGGCAAGUCCAUCUGGUGUCCCAUAUGGGGUGGAGGGGGAGGGUGUCCCAGCUCCUUGUGCCUCUCUACCACCCAGAGGCACAGACAGGGUUGCUGGGACUUCACAGCCCUGAGCAACAUGGCCCUUUAUUCCAUGCUAUGUCCUCCCUCCCCACAACGCUCUGUAUAGGAUGGAGUACUAUCAGGUGCUCAAUAAAUGGUGUCCACUGA